CAAUUUCAUUUUCAAAUAGAAGACUUAUGCCCGUAUCUUUAGACGUUUCGUAAAAUAGUCCUCCACUCUAAACUCAUCCGAUGAUGCUCGAAUAUUCCUCCCAAACUUACUCGAGUUUGGUAUUUUUAGUCGACCAUUACAAUAUUCCUCAACUGUCCUCGAGUGAGGUAGAAAGGUGCUAUUGCGUCACCACGACAACAUCAGUUUGAGGAAAAUUUGAUCAAGCUAGCAUCAAACCUACAGAGUUCUGUAGUUUAUGGUCAUUGUUUAAUGUCAAAGUCAAGCUACCACUGUCUGUUUGACACUAGACGCACCGAACUUGUUUGAUGUUUUAGUUGAGAGACUCAUAAAUACGUGCGCGUGCGGUGAAAUAGAAGGUUUUCGUUUUUCUAACCCAUGAUUAAUAAUUUAGAUUUCGGUUUUUGAAUAAUAGCUCCUCCAGGAACCCGGCUUUGUAUUUUUAUUCGCUGUUUCUUUGUUGAAUUUGAUUGCAUCGUCUUUUUGAAGUGCUUUUCCACAACCACCGGUUUAUUAUUCAGUUUUUCUAUAAUGACGUCCAGGCAAGUAUUUAGCGAAAGCGAGAAGACUUGCCUACAAGAAUUAAUUUUAAAAUAUAAUCUGCACAAAACUGCGACCAUGACAGCUAGUCAAAACACAAAAAAACUUUUGUGGGUACAUUUAACAGAAGAAUUCAAUUCAAUUGAAUCAAAUGCAAAGCGAAGUGAGGCCCAGCUCAAGAAGUGCUGGGAUAAUUUAAAAACACGGAGGAAGCACUUUUUGGCUAAUGAAAAGCGUCAGAGAAUGAAGACUGGUGGCGGACAGUGUAUUCCAAAUGAGCCACAGCCUGGUAGCAGCAAUGAGACCCUUAUUUUUGCUGAGGUUCUACUGGAUCAGACUGAUGUGGAACUCAGGGGUGUCAUUGACAGUGAUACCAUUUACAGUUCUGAAGGAAAUGUUGCAGGCACCACGCCUAUGCAUUACAGUGUAUCAUGUCGUGACACCCCACAACGUCGUGAUACUCCACCACGUCGUGACACUCCACCACGUCGUGACACUCCACCAAGUCGUGACACUCCACCAAGUCGUGACACUCCACCACGUCGUGACACUCCACCUAGUCGUGACACUCCACCAAGUCGUGACACUCCACCACGUCGUGACACUCCACCACGUCGUGACACUCCACCGCGUCGUUCUGGGUCCCGGCAGACUGACUGUGGUGCAGCCUACUUAGGAGGAGGGAAUGUGCGCACCAGGGUAAUUCAGGAGGAAUUUAAUUUUAGAAAAGAAUCUUAUGAAAAGAAAGAGAGAAGAGAAGACGAACUCUUUCAAUUCCAAAAAAAGGAAAGAGAGUGGAUGAUGAAGGCAGCCGAAGAAGUAUAUCUAAAAGCGAAGGCUGAGAGGGAAGCUGCAGAGGAUAUUAAAAAAUAUAAUCAGGCUAAAAGAGAUUGUAGUGAAAAAUAAUUUAAAUAAAUAACUCAUAAUCA